AUGACAUGGCAAGAUCGAUGUUGUGACUCAGCCUCCCAAGUAAGUUUUAAGGCAGACAAGAGCACUAGGCAUCAGCCAACAAGCCACUAUAAAUACAACAUCCAAACCAACAUCCUAACAACAUAUCCCAACCACCACAUCACAUCACAUCACACAUUGACAACCAUGAGUCCCCAACCAAACCCCAACUUUUUGCCCUCAAAGGCACCUUCGGGAGCCAAAUAUCACAAAAUCGACUUUACAACCUCCAACCCACCACUCCCCGAAUUCAAAAACCGCUUCGCAGCAGUAAUAGACAACAUCCUCACAGAAGAAGAAUGCAACGAACUAAUCCGUCUCGCGGAAGCAUCAACCGUAACUCCCCAGUCCCCGACCCCGGUCUGGGAACGCGCCAUGAUCAACGUGGGUAACGGGAAACAAAAACUCGCAACAGACACCCGCAACUGCGGUCGUAUUAUCUGGGAUACACCCGAGCUAGCCGACAAGCUACUAAAUCGAUUAAUGCCCUUUCUGCGGGAAUUUGAGAUCGAUCGACUGGAGAACCGACCCCUUGUCACCGGGCUCGCGGGUCGGAAUAAGACCUACAGAUUAACGAGAUUGAAUGAACGACUCCGGUUUCUCAGGUAUGAAGGCGGGGAGUACUUCAGGCCGCAUUGGGAUGCGUCCUAUACUACUCCCGAUCGCAAGGAGAAGUCGUUUUUUACCGUUCAUUUGUAUCUGAAUGGGGACGGGGAGCAGGACCUUAAAGAGUUGAGGAGAGAGCAGGCCAGGGUAGAAAGGGGAGAGGGAGAUGUUAAUUUGGGUGUUGGGGGGAAGUUACUUGGGGGUGCUACAUCUUUUCUUCCGAGGUUUGAGGAGAAGGAGAGGCAUUUGAGGGUUUUUCCUAAAGCGGGCUCGGUGCUUGUGUUUCAGCACAAUGAUUUGCUUCAUGCUGGGGAUUCGGUGUUUCGGGGGACGAAGCUUACUAUGCGGACGGAUAUUUUGUAUCAGGAGUUGUGA